GAACACAUGAGGUAUAUCAAACUAGACUGAGUCUGUUAGAAAGGGGUUUAACAGUGUGGAACACUGAGGUAUAUCAAACUAGACUGAGUCUGGUAGAAAGGGGUUUAACGGUGUGGAACACUGAGGUAUAUCAAACUAGACUGAGGUGGAUAUGUUUGUAUUUGUGUCUGUUUGCUCCAAACCCCUGUACUAAUCCACUACUACACUAGCUUAUGGUGAACCAGUCUUGUCAUGCAUGGUACAUGUGUUCCUUUGGCCCGUGUGUGUUGCACCUGUGUAGGUGGGCUGCUCCUGUGUUAUGUGCUGUUUUUGUCUAUCCAGAGUCAGAAGUUGACCCUACAGGAUCAGAUAGUAUUUCACCCCUUUAAUGGAUGAGGUUAUGAUGGGGGUAGAGUAAUCUGAUCCUAGAUCUGUGGUUAAGGACAACUUCUACCUCAAUCAGUUUUGUGUCUGUGUUUGUUUGUGUACUGUGCAUGCCCUUUGACCCCAGAGGGGCGGGCCUGCUCAUCAUCUGACCAUGAUGCUAUAACACUAUUGGCUUACAGUGGUGCUGCUCUUCUUCUUUAAUACUGCUUGCCCCUCCUGGCGGACUACUGCUGCUGCUGCUGUCUUCUCUUGGGCACCGCACUCCUAGCCGUCAGGCAAUGUAUGGGUGACCCACGAGGAAAUGGAGACCCUCGCAGCACCCUCCUCAAAAACGAGGUCCGGGGAGUCCGAGGAGGGGAGCUGGGCGCAGACUCUAGCGUAUGGUGACAUGAACCAUGAGUGGAUAGGGAACGAGUGGUUGCCCAGUCUAGGACUACCUCAGUACCGCAGCUACUUCAUGGAGUGCCUGGUGGACGCCCGCAUGCUGGACCACCUCACCAAGAAGGACCUCCGGGUGCAUCUCAAAAUGGUGGACAGCUUUCACAGGACGAGUUUGCAGUAUGGUAUCAUGGGUCUGAAGAAGCUCAACUAUGACAGGAAAGAGCUGGAGAGACGCAGAGAGCACAGCCAGCAUGAAAUGAGAGACGUGCUGGUGUGGAGCAACGAGCGGGUGAUUCGCUGGGUCCAGAGCAUCGGUCUAAAGGACUAUGCCAACAUCCUGCUGGAGAGCGGCGUGCACGGGGCCCUGGUCGCCCUCGACGACAACUUUGACCACACCAGCCUGGCGCUGCUCAUCCAGAUCCCCAACCAAAGCACUCAGGCACGUCAGAUUCUGGAGAGGGAAUAUAAUAACCUGCUAGCCCUGGGCACUGAGAGACGACUGGACGAGUAUGAAGAUAAUGAUCUCCGGGGGCCAUCGUGGAGGAGGCAGUUCCCCUCGCGGGACGUCCAUGGGAUCAGUAUGAUGCCCGGCUCGGCAGAGACCCUCCCCGCAGGCUUCCGCGUCACCACCGGCUCACACUCCCGUAGGCUACCCCCCGAAGGUGAGCUCCCCCACAGACCCCCUGCAUGGCCAAGACCCCCACAAAGUAGACCUAACAAUUAAACUAGCGCCUCCAGUUUAGGGCACUUAGCAUGGAUGAAUGUAAAUUGCUCAAAAUGCCAAAUUGGAUGGUAAAAUUGCACUCAUCAAACACUUAUAAAAAUGGCUAGCUGCCACAAAAUGUAUUUGAUUAAGAUUGUACCUGGGUGCAUUUCAUUUCUGUGUUAGAGUUUGGGGGGGGGGGUCCUCUUGCCCCUCUCUUUACUUGGGGCUCUCUCCCCAUCACACUCUCUCUCGCCUAUCGGUGUAUGGAUGGAGCAUGUUGCUGACUAUACCUGUAUUUUCUCUGCUCUGGGACUGCUGCUCUG